GACAGUGGGAGAAAGCGAGCAAACAGGUGGAGUGGAAAGGCAGAAAGAGAGAGGACUUGAAAGGAGCAAGGCGGCCAGGCAGCAACAUGGCAGAGGACUGUUAAGAUAUUCAAAAACAGUCCAAGUACAAGAGCUUAGGACAGAAAAAUAUAGCUGUGGUGUGCCUUUUAAACACAGCAAACACGUCAGAAUGGAGAGUGACUCGUGUGAUGACAGCCAGAGUGACAGUGGAGUGUCAGCAGACUUCUCUCCAUGCAGCACUUUGGAGGGCAACACCACCAUGUCUACAGGCAAUCCAGGAACUGCCCCCAAAGAGACUCCCAUCGAGAGGGAGAUCCGACGGGCUGUGGAGCGUGAACACAGCCUGAGAAGGUCCAGAGGGCUUCCAAAUCUACCCACCUCCCCAGAGUAUGUAGAGAUUCCUCUAAGAAAAACUGUUCUUUGCCAGUCUCUCGCCACUGAGAGGUGUCAAGGCAAAGACAGGCAAUUUGCAGGCAAAAAAAUGGAGCACGAGAUCCAUGAAGAGGCCCAGAGGGAACAGGAUCUGGUCAAGCUUGGGAAAGUUCCAGGUUUCUAUGACAAAGGCACAGUUCGCCAACUGAAGGAGAGGAAGCAGCUUUUUGAGGCCUUUCAGAAGCCCAGUGACUCAACUUUGACUGUCUCAACCAGGUGUAAAACCACAUCCUGGUCCUCAGCCAGUGACAUUUCAACCCUGGAGGAGGACAUCUCAUCACAGAUAUCCACUGCAGGAGGCUCACAUGUGGAGAGGAGACGGAGCCUAGACCUGCUAAAUCCCACAGAGAGCCCCAUCUUAGCCAAAGGAGGGGGUUCCACCAGCUCAACUCCCCGAGGACCGGGCGUCUCUGAGGGGACUGGUCGCCAGGUCACCAUCCUAGAGAAUAACCUGAGUGUCUCAGCACAGCAGCUCUACCAUGCCAGACGAGAGGCACAGCCUGUCACCACAGUCGACUCUGGAAGUCCAAACAUCUCAUCAUCCCUGACAGGAGGACAUGGAGGGAUUAACGGGAGAAAGCAGGAAAAGGAGGAAGAGGAGGAGGAAGAAGCACCUAAGGAGAAUCCCUUUUUCAAGCUGCGCUCCUCAACAAAUUUAGUUAAAGUGGAGCAGGAUAUCCGGGAGGCUCAAGAGAGGGAUAAGGAGCUUCGCAAGCAGAGGAUCAGCCUGUAUGGGGGAACAGGGGGUGCAACUGGAGGAGAAAGAGGAGGAGGAAGGAGGUCAGCGAGCUCUGAAGGACAGAGUCCCUCAUUGUCUCCCUCCUCACUGAAUGGACUGACUGUUCCUGACUUACCUGGCUCAUCACCCAGGUGGGCAACUGGACCCUCAGCAGCACACCAGUCUGCUGGCAAGUUUGCCGUGUGGCCGCCGCCCCAGGCUGAAGAGGGGAGGACAGAGGUCCUCCUGAGUCCGCGGACCCCCAGGCAGAAGACCCCUCUAGUACAGCGCUGGGAGUCAGGCCUGCUCAAUGGACACAACGAGGAUGACAACUGAGGAGACGCUGACAGCGAAACAGGGACAUGUAGUUUUUGAAGUGGAGGGCUGAAAGACUGUGAGAUAAAAGAGGAGACCGGUGUACGGAAAGUGGGAACAGACGAGAGGAGGGAGCAAUGAUGAAGAGGAGGAAAGAGAGAGAAUGUGAAGUGAGAAAGAGGUCAGGGAUUUAGGCUAGAAAGGGGGUCAGGAGGAUUGGGAGCAAGGAAAAGGAUUGGUGGUGGACUGGAAAACCCUAAAGAGUCCUUCAGUGAGGAGGAGAGAAAAAGGAGGAGGAGGGCCACCUAUUAGUGGAUAAGCACUUGGCCUGCUUCUGCUGCUGGAAACUCUGAGACUAAUGAACAUGAAAUGGCAAAUAAUAACAAUGAUACUACACUGGAGAAAAGAAAAAUGUAAAUUUAGUGAGAACAGGAUUUUAAAACCUUAAUGAAUUUCUUUACCAAUGGAUUCUUUUUUUUAAUAAUAAUGAGUUAUUAUUUGUUGAUGAAAAUAGAAUAGCACAGUGUCUGAUACUAAAGAAAGCUUGAAAAACAAAGUGUCAUCACCAGUUUUAUGCUUUAAUGAUGUCUUACACUGAGUUAUCAGAUUAUAACACCUGUACAAACUAAUGCAAUCCAAUACAAUAGCAUUGCAAUAAAUCCUAACUUUGUGUAGCUCAGUUUGUUCAUUUUUUUAUUCAUACUGUCAACAACUGAGAGUUGUUGAUUCAACUUUGAGGUAAUUUCCGGGGGCUGUGUAAGUGGCGGGGUUGUAUUCAGCUGCAUUAACUAGAUCUUCUUCCAAUAUAUUUAUAUACAUGAAGAGGCAGAACGUAAUAACUCUCAGUAAUGUAGAACAGUGCAACUUCAACGGCAACUACAAUCCUGAAAAUGCUACUUCACAAAAACAAUUAACUGAAGGGUUAUUUAAUUUGAUCACACUGUAGGUGUUUUCAUCAGUGUAUAUAUAUAUAUAUAUACAAGUUAUUGCACGGGUCUUAAUCUAUGAGGAGCUACUCCUUUUGGUACUUCCAUGCGUCACUAUACUGAAAGCUGGAUUAUAGUGCAAUAAGGCACCUUCUUAACAAAGUGCAAAGUUGAUCUGAAUUGCAGAGCUGAAUGAUGCUACACAAUACAAACCUAAUGCUUGAAUAAUAGCUGCUCUGUUGUAAGGUUUGUAACACGAUGCAAUAAGUGAUGUACU